AUGUUUAAACGAUUAAUUCGUUGUCAUGUGAAAUCAUCUCGUACACCACCCAGUAAAGAUGGUACAAAUAAUAAUAAAAUUCACUUACCAACCAAGUGUACUGCGUGGUUAUUUUCAACCAUCUCUUCUUCAUCUAAGAUCUCAACUACCAGUGAUGUUGAAGCAAGUAAAAGUACAGAAACUUGUUUAGUAGAUAACUCUUUUAAAACAAACAAUUGUAAUGAAACAUGCAAUUUAAUUAAUACUCAACAUCCUAAUGAUAGUCAAAGAAUCUCUUGCAAUCCUUACUGCCCUGAUCCAGAAAUUAUAAAACUACCUUUUGUACAUUUUACUAAAGUUAGAAAUCAAUUUCUGGCUAUUCGAUCUCAAUCAAUAUCUUCAUCUAUAAAAGAACAGUUAAAAUCUCAUUCAUUUAACAAUUGGUUAUAUUCAGACGCUGAAUUAAUUAAUUUUGUUAAAUUUAUGUUUGUGGAUUUAAAUCUACCGGAAUUAUGUCAUUUCUCUACUGAUACACUUGAAAAUUGGUUGUUUUCAACUUAUUCACGAUAUAACAAUGUACCAUUUCAUAAUUUUAAACAUGCAUUUAUGGUAACUCAAAUGAUGUAUUGUAUCAUUAAAAUGGUAAAUUUACCAUUGUAUUUAUCCUCAGUGGAUUUACUGAUUCUAUUGUUCUCCGCUUUGUCACAUGAUCUUGAUCAUCCGGGUUUUACAAACUCUUACCAGAUUAAUGCUGGCACUUGGCUUGCUCUACGUUACAAUGAUAUAUCACCAUUGGAGAAUCAUCAUUGUAUGACAGCAUUCGAUCUUAUCAACAACAAUCCAACGGCAAAUAUUAUCAAUGGAUUAACACCAAAUGAAUCACGUCAUUUUCGUAGAUCUGUGAUAAGAUGUAUUUUAAGCACAGAUAUGGCCAUCCAUUCAGAAUGUCUGUCACAAUUUCAAGUUUUACGAAAACAGUCAACAAGGGAGUUGAAAAAUCCUGAUUCAAUAUUUCCUUCUCUUCAAUUAUUAUCAUCAUAUAUUGAUCCUUCAUCACCGUCGCCUACACAACAACAGCCUACACUAACAACUUCCCAUGAUCAUUAUCAUCAGCAUCAUCGUCAUCAACCUAACCAUAAUGACAAUGAUGAGACAGGGGUGGACAGACAAAAUCGAACAGAAAAAUAUGACCAAUAUAAUUCAUGUAUCAAUCAGCAUGUUGAUAAUAACAAUAAUAAUAACGUAGUUAAUUUUGGGGGUGAUAAUGACAGUGAUCACAAUAAUGGUGAUUAUAUUAAUAAUAAUGAUUAUGGUCAUAUUAAUGCAUCACUAAUCCACUCUUCAUUAAUUUCAUUAAUUAAUCAACAACCAGAAUAUUUAUUAAGACUUUUAAUGAUACUGUUGAAAGUAUGCGAUAUAUCAAAUGAAAUUCGUUCACCAUUAGUUGCUGAUGUCUGGGUGGAUUGUUUAUUCAAAGAAUUUUUUCUACAGGCUGCAGCAGAAAAACAAGCUGGUCUUCCUGUUGCCCCUUAUAUGAAUCCAGAUCUUGUAGUGAAAUCCAGUAGUCAGUUGAACUUUUUGCAUAGUAUUCUAAUACCAUUAGUAAAGGAACUGACCUAUAUCUUUCGUGAAUUACACGUACUUUUGGAAUCUGCGCAUAGACGAUCAGAGCAUUUCUCUAAGAUUAGACAAUAUGAAUUAGCUCAACAAGAGAUGGAUAGUAACUGUUGUUCAACAUCAGUAACCACAACAUCAUCGUCGACAGUACCAAUAACAACAAUUACUAGUACUUCUGUAUGUCAUGUCAUGAAGUCUAAUGUACGGACUAUUGGAGAAAAUAUUAAUUGUGUUCAAUCAGCACUUUGUUCCGAUGAAAUAACUUUGGAUUCAAAUGAAAACUUAAGACAAAAACAACAUCAACCACAUAGUCGACAUGAAUCUCCAACUAUACAUACACAUACUGGCUAUUUAUCUUCUUCAAUAUCACCAUCAUCAUCAUCUACCUUGUGUUGUAAAUCAUCUCCUAUCAAAGUUCAACAAUCUCAAGUACCACUUUGUGUAACUGUUCAAUCUCCUUAUCGUAAAAAACAAGAAUAUUCUUCAUUUACGUAUGAUGUAUACAAUGACACAACACACUGA